AUGGUUUUCUUCGGAUCAUCAGCUCCUCCAAAGCCCACUGUGACCCUGCAGCCAUCCUGGACUCAGAUAUACAGCGGUGAGACAGUCACUGUCAGAUGUGAGAUUCAGGGAGGUGAAGGAGCUCAGUGGACGUAUGAAUGGAGUCCUGCCAAGUUAAACACACCUCCAACAUCCAAUGAAUACAGAAUCAUCACAGUUACUGAGUCUGACAGUGGAGGAUACAGCUGUCGGGGCACAAGGAACUAUUUGUUAACAGAGUGGAGUGAUACCAUCACACUGACUGUAUCAUCGAAACCAAAGGCUGAACUGAGAGCUGAUAGGACAGCUGUUCCAGUAGGGGGCAGUGUGACCCUUACCUGCUCUGUGAACCCAUCAUCAUCAUCAUCAUCAUCGUCGUCAUCAUCUGGAUGGAAAUACUACUGGUACAGAGAUGGGAAAUCUUCUGAAUCUAUGACAAAUGGACAAAUCAGUGUCUCAGAGGGAGGACGCUACAGCUGCAGAGGAGGAAAAGGAGAACCAGUUUACUACACAGAGUACAGUGAGUCAGUCUGGAUUGACAAAAUUGUGUCAAACUGGCCUGUUGUGACUCUGUAUCCAAACUGGUCUGAGAUAUACAGAGGAGAGACGAUCACUGUCAGAUGUGAGAUCCAUGGAGGAGACACUGAGUGGGAUUAUGAGUGGGAAACAAACAGCAUCAUAAAACCUCCAAAUCAAAAUGAAUACAGGAUUAGAUCUGCUUCAUCAUCCAACAGUGGAAACUAUCGCUGUAAGGGCAGAAUGAAAAGUUCACAGAAUGAAACAACAGAGUGGAGUGAUUCAGUCACACUGACAGUUUCUCACACUCCUCCUAAGCCCACUGUGACCCUGCAGCCAUCCAAGACUCAGAUAUACAGCGGUGAGACAGUCACUGUCAGAUGUGAGAUUCAUGGAGGUGACAGAGCUCAGUGGACGUAUGAAUGGAGACCAGCGAAGUUAAACACACCUCCAACAUCCGGCGAAUACACAAUCAGCAGCGCUGCUGAGUCUGACAGUGGAGGAUACAGAUGCCGGGGCAUAAGAGGCUCUUCUUGGACCGAGUGGAGUGAUGUCAUCACAUU